GGUCAAUCUGCCGGCUUGACGCUCAAUCUGUCGUCCAACAACCCCUUUCGCAAAUGUGCUGCCUCGCCCAUCGGCUUAAGUCCUAGCAGUCUCCCUCCUACACCCCAUUCCCCAUUUGAUGAUCCUCCCGCCCGUCCAGUCUCUCGAAACCCUUUCCUCGACCCAUUCAACAAUCCUCCAGCUCAGAGGGUAAAAUCGCCAGACAUCAUGUCAUCUAAGGAUACCUCGUCCAAGACUGCCGAGGAGCUUUUUGAUAACCUCCUCAUUGAUGAUGGAAGCGGCCCCAAGCCUCGACCGGGCCCAAAUGCCACGCGAGAACCGCCCACUCGACCUGCCCCAGGCGGCCCGCCCCGUGGCGAGAAUAUUCCCCCGCGCGGUCGCGGUCCACCGCCCUCGCAUCGCCCGACGCGUUCUCGGGAAGAGGAAUCGAGACGUAGACACCAAGCAGGUGCCUCCGUUGGUGGCGAACGAACCCUUGACUCGCCCGACAAGCGCGACAAACGUGUUCCUCGACGCAACUCCGAGUCCUCUGUGAACGCCGAGAAGCCUGUGAGCGAAGAAGAGAAGAAGCUGCGCGAAUUGCGACGCCGCGAACGUGAAAAGCGCUACCGCAGCGCGAAGGGUGGCAAGUUGCCUCUCGACCCUAUUGACAACUUGGACAAGACGGGCCUGGACGGUACUGGGUACUUCCACCACGACGGACCUUAUGAUGCCUUGCGCCCGCACCGCAAUCGGAAGGGCAGCCGACGCGCCCCCAUGCAGGCUUUCCCCGAGGGGUCGCUCAACAACUCUCUUGGUGGUUCUGGACCUUUGAACGCCCGCCCGGAUCACGCUACAUUCAUGGGUAAACAUGAUGACGAGGCAUUCAAGGACUACAGCAAAACUGCCCCCAGGGAGAGUGGUGGUGCUGCCGGCGGCGCGGGUGGCUACGAUGCUCCACAGAGAAGGGAUCAGGUGCCUGUCUUCGACCCCCUGAAGCGUGGCUCCAUCCUUCACGGAGAUGAAUCGAUGGGAUUGGGCACAUCCACUUUCUUGGAGGGCACCCCUGCAGCUCGCUCUGCCAUUCAGCGACGUCAGGCCGAGACAGCACAGGAUACAUUUGAGCAAGGUCUGCAGAGGAAGAAGUCAUUGGCACAGCGAAUUCGCGGCAUCAACCGAGGCCCGCGAGAGUAUCACAGCAAUGGGCGGAUGACCAACCCGGACUACGUGGGCCCGCGAUCCGGUGAUUUGCCCACAGGCGGCAGCAGCACAGGGGAGCGAAAUCCUUUCUUCAACGAGUAUGACAAGAACGAGGAGCGUAUCUCUGUCAAGCGAGCUAACAACCCAAUCUCGCCCAUGUCUCCUAACAACGAUGUGCGCGGGACCGGUCCGGGCCAACUAGAACGACGCGCCACAACUGAUGCUUCAAAUGCUACAUCCCCAACGACGGGAGCAAAGCCGCAGGGCAAUGGGCUCCUGGCCCGAGUCAAGAGUUUGAAGGGUGGACGGAGACGACCAGAGCCACCUCAGGGUCCGAGUCCGGCUCCCGGUACUGCGGCUUAG